UUUGUCCCGCGCAGGGAAUGAUUUACGGUAUAAAAAGACACAGCGACAGAGACGGUUUCUCACCGGAGAGGAACAGUAAUUACAGGGGGCAGGGGAAAGUUUGACAACCUUGCUCUUGGCUGGUCUGAAGUCUGCAUUCUACUACACUACUUCUCUGCAGAGGGCAGUUGUAUGCACCCAAAGUUACACCGUGGCGCAAGUGAGGAUCCACCCAAAUUUACUUUCCAAGUCAUUAAUGAGAGUUUGUAACAACAACCGGUUGGGGAAGAAGACCGACGGCCAAAAUGUGCAAGAAAAGGUGAACUUACAAGAUUCAAGAGUGGACGCGCCACCCGCGAAUCGGAAAAUGGGCAUGCUUAGCGUGGACCUGUUAGUGACUUUGCAGAUCCUGCCGGGGUUCUUUUCAAACUGUCUGUUCUUCGUACUCUACGACUCGGUGGUGCUGGUGAAACGUGUGGUAUCACUUCUGAGUUUUUCGGGGUCGGCGCCCGUGGGCGAGUGGCAGCGCAUGUUAACCUCAGCCGGCGUGCGCUCAAUAUGGAACAGCUUUCUCCUGGAUGCCUACAAACAGGUCAAGCUCGGCAGCGAGGCACCCAACUCCAAGGUAGUGAAGGUCAACGGUCUGAGCAGCCGAUGUCGCAGCCCCACCAGCGACCCCCAGGACGUGUGCCGCCUCCUCGACUUCGAGUCGUCCGACCGCCCUUUAGUGGUCAACUUUGGCUCGGCCACCUGACCCCCCUUCAUUAGCCAACUGCCCAUUUUCCGGCGGUUGGUUGAAGAGUUCUCCGAUGUGGCGGACUUCCUCCUGGUCUACAUCGACGAGGCACACCCCUCCGAUGGCUGGGCCGCCCCUCCCAUGUCGCCCUGCUCGUUUGAAGUGAGGAAGCACCGCAGCCUGGAGGAACGCGUCCUGGCUGCCAAGCAGCUCCUCGACCAGUUUUCCCUGCCCCCGCAGUGCCAGCUCGUAGCCGACUGCAUGGACAACAACGCCAACGUGGCCUACGGCGUGUCGUACGAGAGGGUGUGCAUCGUCCAGAAGAAAAAAAUAGCCUACCUGGGAGGAAAGGGUCCCUUUUUCUACAACCUGAAAGAAGUCAGGCACUGGCUUGAACAAAGUUAUGGGAAGCGAUAAUUUCCAGCCAUGAGAGAGAGAGUGAAAGAGAGAGUGAGAGAGUUGCAGAUCUCCUUCCUUAAAAAGAGAGAGUAAUUUAUUUUUGUACAGUGGUGAAAACAAGGAAGGUGUAAUGCACUCAGAGCUGCGUGGUGACCUUAGUGAAGCCAAGUUUAACGUAACAUCCUGCAACCACCAACAGUUCAUCAGAAGAAAACGGACACUCUCCACAACCUUCAAAUGACAUGGAUUGUGUUGUAAAUGGACAAAGUCCAAGCUGGACAUAGCAAACUCAAAGCGUACUCCUAAUGCACUAUCGAUAACUAUACAACAUAACAUUCACUAUUAAUGUCUUUCAAAAUAUUUCUAGUCAAAAUCUCAACGCUACAGAAUGCCACACAAAUUACCCUUUGAAAAGAAAAACCAAAUUGCUGAACAGAGAAAAAGCACAACUACCCAGCUUUUAUACAAAAAAAGAGAUAAAUUAAUUUAUUUUA